CCCUGUGGCCCGCGGAGGGCUCUGGAUCCGGCUGCCGUCCCGGUGCCAGCCCAGCUCCUGCUCUCGGUUGUGGCCGCGAGGCACGGCGGCUGUCCCCAAAAGGAGGUGCCCCCGCGGGUCUUCCAUUAAGCCUCCUGUCCGCGCUCACCAUUUCCGCAGAGCAGGGCCAGGACACCCGGAGCCUGCCAGCGCCGCAGUGCCUCCCUUAUUUAAUGGCGGCGUGGCGCAUGCGCCGUCCGCCGGCAGAACCCGGCCCGCCAUGCCGAAUGAAGGCACUUCCGGAUUACCGCCGCGCGGCACACAUGAUGUGAAGGCCACGUGGUCCUCCCAUCAUGUGACCUGCGGCGUUCGCGGGCAGGAGGCCAUGGCCGCCCCCCGCCCCCUCACGGUGGUGCCGGGCGAAGCCUCCGAGAGCGACUCGGAGCAGGAGCUGCUGGUGGGGGCGGCGGCGGGAGCCCCCGGGGCCGGGCUGAAGGUGCCGGGCGAAGCCUCUGAGACCGAAGAGGAGGAGGAGGAGGAGCAUAGACCGAAGACAUCCCCGGUGCUGGCGGAGGAGCCGGCGACGGUUUGGGGGGGCGGGCGGGGGAGCCCCUCGCUGCUGCAGCAGCGGCUGCGGGAGGGGACGGGGCGGCUGCAGGGGGCGGUGGGCAGCGCCCUGCGGCAGAGCUACGGCAGCGCCGCCCGGAGCUUGGGGGGGCUGGAGGGGGCCCUAGGCCGGGCGCAGGUGACCGCCGCCGCCGCCGCUCACUGCCUGCGCCUGGCCCGCCGCGACCUGCGCGCUGUGGCCGACACCAUCGACAUCGUCACGGCCUGUCGCCUCCUGCCCGACAUCCGCGUACAGCUCUGACCGGGACUGGGACGAGGCAUCACGUUCACAAUCCCCACUGUGGCUGUCACCCGCGGCAGCAACACCACCUGCCAGACAUCCACGAGCAGCUGCCGGCACCACUCCUGUCCUCAUGACAUCACCAGUGCCGCAUCUGCCGUGGUUGGCUCAUCAUCAUCGCUGCAGUGUCCUGCCGAAUGUGUGGUUGUGGUGGCAUCGAGUCGUGGCUGCAGCACCUCCCACUGACUUUGAAGAUCUCCUCACCACGGUGGCAUCCCCAGUGUGGUCACAGUGACACCAAACGGUGGCUUUGGCACAGAGACCACCACCCUGCCACCCCAGGACCUCUACACUCUGGUGACAUGAUCACUGCUAACCCCCUGGCCAGCUGCCACCAUUCCUGAACUGCAGCCUCAUGCUGGCUCCAGUCACUGCUGACCCCACCGUUUUGUGUGACACAGAACUCAAUAAAGCCAUGAUGGUGUCAGAGCCACAA